AUGGAACCAGAGCUGCCCCUUGCCAAUCUCCUCUUGGCUAUCCUAGCCCUCUCCACACAAGUUGGGUCCCUGCAGGACCAAGUCAAGUCUCAAGGCAAGACCAUCACACAACUCCUUGCCAUAUGCAAGGAAACCAACAACCUUGCAGGAGACAAGGACCAAGGAAAGCCUAGCACAAAGGCUGGGCCUUCCACACCACCCAACCAACAAGGGGGUCAAGCCAACACUCCAAAAACAGUUAGGCCUGGAGGACUGGCCAAUCCCUUCUGCCCCAUCAGAAGCACCAUGGGGUAUGACUUGGAGGAAGAGGAACCAAGGAGGCCCAUCAAGAAGGAGCCUUGCAGAACAUCUUGGGGUCUAAGCUCCCUAACCCCCUUUGACAAAGGAAUGGGCACCAAGUACCCCAAAAUGGAACUCCCCAAUCCAUAUAAGGGAGAUACCAGAGGGUGUAAGGCUACCCAAUGGCUAGACUGA